GAGAGAGAGAGAGAGAGAGAGAGAGAGAGAGAGAGAGAGAGAGAGAGAGAGAGAGAGAGAGAGAGAGAGAGAGAGAGAGCUUGGGGACCGGGUGGAGACGCGCGCGCGUAAAGCAGAAGAUUAGAUGGCUAUAGACGCGCCUCCUAUCGCAUCUUAGGUCAGCGUGUGUGUGUGUGUGUAUCGGGGAGAGCGGAAGCGACAGAAAGAAUCUUUCUACAUUGAUAAAGUGAUAAGGCACAAAACAAGGUAUCAAUUGAAGGGACUGCAUACAUAUUUUUCUAUUAUUUUAAGUGUUGGCUCGUUUUAAAUAAUAUAGACCGUGGUCAUAUACUGUUAUUCUUCCACGGCCACCCCUUGAUCUCUUUGGAUCGACUGAGCAGGAGGAAGUCCCAGAUGUUAGACGUUGUUUUUGACAAAGAAGGUUGCUGAUCCGUCGUCGUAUUCUGGAUUUCAAGACGUUGUUUGUCAGCGAGGCAAUACCGGGAGUUACCAUGGAAACUAUUCUGUUCUUCCUUUUUUCGCUCCUGGUUUAUGUGGCUGCGGAGUCAGACCCCAGUGUACAAGAUAAGGAGAAAGAGCUGGAUCCAUUCACCUAUGACUAUGAGAGCCUCAGGAUUGGAGGACUGGUGUUUGCAGUGGUGCUCUUUGCGCUGGGCAUCCUCCUCAUUCUUAGUCGAAGAUGUCGUUGCAGCAUCAACCAGAAACCAAGGGCCCCUGGGGAUGAGGAGGCACAGGCUGAGAACCUGAUCAUCACCAAGGCCUCAGCCACCACAGAGACCCCCAAAGAGGAGAACUGAAGACUUCACCUUUGACCCCUGAACCCACCCCAACCCAACCCCUGCCCCCUAAAAAAAAAAAAAACUGUUGGCUUUUGAAUCACUACCUGCUUACAGUUUACCUACCUACCCACACUAACCACACCACACACAUACACACCUGGCACACCACACACACACAUACACACCACAUAACACACAUUGAAAGAUGGGCUACAUGAUGUAGGAUACGAUGGUGCUGAUGAUGAUGAUGAUGAAUGUAACUACUGUAAAGGCAGGAGAGACAGAUGGUGAAGGAGGAAGGAGGGAUGGAGGAGAGGAGGGAUAGAGGAGGAAUGGAGAAACUGUGUACAUACACCUCUAGUCUGUUGUGUGCUCUGUGACUGUGCCAGUGUCCCAGUACUCCUGUCUGUACUCUGUUACCGUGCCUUUUUGCAACAUUGUCUACAGCUUGUUGUCUUAGCCUACACCACCCUCUGCUGAUGGUGUCAAUAUCCUAGUUCUCCAGAGAACCGCCAAUGGUGUCAAUGUUAUUUGUAUUUAGAAUACCUUGUGUUUCUGUUGUCUUUCGGUUCUGGAGGUUAGCUGGUGUUUUGUUUGCAAGUUGUUGUUCUUGUUGUUGUCACAGUCAGUCUUGUAACUCUUCGUCUUUAUAUUGUUCCCACCUGCAGAUCAUUAAGCUGGUAAAAAGUAGACUUGCAUAUAUAUAAGUACACUUAUUCUUAGCCUGCAUACAUAAACAGUAAAUAAAGUAUAUAUAUAGAGUAAUUAUCUAUAUUAUUUAGGACAAUGUCGGUGGGGGUUAUGAGUGUGUAUGUGUUUUGGAUGUUUGACUGUAUGUAAGAGAUAGGGGUAGGAAGGUAAGGAUUGUGUGUGUGUGUGUGUGAGAUGGUGUUACACUUUAUACAUGACUAUCAGAGGAAGGUGCCAGAGGUUUUGUGAGGUCAUCCACCGUGCACUGCCAGGCCAGCUCCCAUUGCCCUCUAAGGCAGACUGUGAUUGGAGGAUUCGCCAUAUACUAGUGCCACAAACCUGUGUUUGCUUAUUAUGUUCUUAAGGUUUAGGUACACUGUUGUGUAAUAAAUCCAAUUUAUUUACAGCCAAUAGCAUUGCACAGUUUAGCAUGACUCAACAGUGUAGUUAAUGGAAGAGUGUGUGUGUGUAAGCGUGUGCGUGCUCACAAGAUUUGCAACUCACAUGCUAAUCGUAGCAGGGUCAUGAUAAUGGGAGUGAACAUAUAUAUAUAUAUAUAAGGAGGUGUUUAGGACCUGGGGGAUAGUAUGCUUGGUGUUGCUCCCAUCUUGUCGAGUCCACCUGUAUCUACAGUGCAAUGAAGACUCCUGAACAACUAGCUACUCUGGUCAACCAGUGCACAAGGCUGUUUUCUGUAGCUGCAUUUUGUGCUUUUCACAUUGUAAAUAAAGUGUCCAACACCAGUU